AUGGGAAGAUGUCUCAGCCCUUUGGUGCGGCAAGAGCUUGCAAAUUUAGACAAAGAUGAAGAUAGUCGCAAAUCUGCAAUGAAAGCAUUGAAGUCAUAUGUGAAGGAUUUGGAUUUUAAGGCCAUUCCUGUCUUUCUUGCAAAAGUUUCUGAGACCAAGGAAAGUAGCUCCUUGUGUGGUGAAUUCACAAUUUCAAUCUAUGAAGUUCUUGCGCGGGUUCACGGUGUUAGAAUUGUUCCCCUGAUAGAUAGCAUCAUGGGAACCAUAGUCAAGACUCUGGCUUCAAGUGCAGGGUCUUUCCCUCUUCAGCAGGCUUGUUCAAAGGUGGUUCCUGCAAUUGCAAGAUAUGGAAUUGACCCAACAAGCCCAGAAGAGAAGAAGAGGCAUAUAAUUCAUUCCCUUUGCAAGCCUCUUUCGGAUUCUCUCUCGAGUUCCCAAGAAAGCCUAACUUCUGGUGCUGCCCUUUGCUUGAAGGCUCUGGUGGAUUCAGAUAACUGGAGAUUUGCUUCUGAUGAAAUGGUGAAUAGGGUUUGCCAGAAUGUUGCUGUGGCAUUAGAGGGAAAGUCUGGCCAAACCAAUUCUCAUGUGGGUUUGGUUAUGUCGUUGGCGAAGCGCAAUGCUUUGAUUGUUGAAGCAUAUGCAAGGUUACUCUUACAAUCUGGACUAAGAAUACUAAAUGCUGGCCUUGUGGAGGGUAAUUCCCAGAAGCGGCUUUCAGCCAUUCAGAUGGUUAACUUCUUGAUGAAAAGCUUGGAUCCCAGGAGCAUAUUCUCGGAGCUUGAAUUGAUAAUUGAGGAGAUGGACAAGUGCCAAUCUGAUAAAAUGGCAUUUGUGAAAGGUGCAGCAUUCGAGGCUUUGCAAACUGCCAAGAGAAUUGCAAUCGAAAAAAGACCAGCAAGAUAUGUGAAAAGCCCUGCUUCAGUGACAGGGUCAAAUUUUAGCAGGAGAGAGGAAGACUAUGUGAAGGGAGAGAAUACUUCUGUUGAUGGAGACCAUACUCCAACUUCACUUUCACCAGAAUCACAUACGUUGGACUUUUUCCCUGGAUAUGAAUCUGUUGUUGAGUCUCCAAUUUCAACGAACUUGGACUAUGAGCGAAGGAGUGUGAAUAGGAAGCUUUGGAGUAAUAAAAAUGGAGGGGUUGAUGUCUCUCUCAAAGAUGGUUUGUUUUCAGAGGCAGUGGAUGAAAGUGCUUUGUUAGGACACUCGCUGAGUCGCGAGUUUUCUAAUGGAAAGAGAGAUUUUGCAGAGGAGUUUGCUGGUUUCACGAACAGAAAUCCCACGCAUGGAGUAUCCAGAAGUACCACCACAAGUCCCCAAAGGUCAUGCACACAGGUUGCUGUUGACAACAUAAAAAUCUUUGAGACCCCUAGGAAGCUCAUUUGCUGUCUUCAAGAUCCAAUUGAUGUGACUUCAAGUUGGUCUGAGAAACAGAAUAGAAGGUUCAGGACUCUAUCCUCAGGCAAUAUUGAGUGGAGCCCGACUUCUAAAUAUGACCAAAAUGGUUUCUCGGAUCAUGUGAAGUGUGAUUGUGAAGUGAAUGAAAGUUCAUCUGCUGAUGUGGAGUUCCAAGGUGGCUCAGAAUCAGUCUCAUCAACUGAUGACCUUCCUGAGGAUUAUGAUAUGCAUAUGCCUCGCAAAGUGGUUCCUGAAAAUGGAAAUGUUAGACCAAUUGAUUGGAUGGAUAAAGCACUUCAAAGGACUAAACUUAAAUUGGUUUGUGGUCUUUCAUUUGUUCUUCUUGCAAUGGCUACUCCUUUGCUCUGGAUCAGUAGUCAGGAUGAAGGCUAUUAUCAUGUCCCUACAUAA